AUGCCACUGCCAAGACCGCUGCCACAUCGGACCGUCAAAGAGGAAGCGCAGCGCCACAAUGGCUGCAUCGAUGAGAUCAACGACGAUCGCUCCGGGUGUGUCACUCUGGAGCAGCCGUAUCUCGAGCAAGAGAAGGCGUUCUUUGGCGCGGCGGACCUGCAGAUUCGCUCUUCGCCUCCCAUCGGCACGCGCGUCACCUUCACCUUGAUGAUUGAUCCGGAGGAUGACUGCCUUCGCUGUGGCGCGCUCGGUGGGGCAGUGGCGAGGGCGCGAAGCAGAAGCCGGAGCCGAGAGGACGGGCGAGCACCUUUGCGGCGAAAGCCGCAAACUGUCCCGCCGCGCGUGCUAAGCAGAAGUGCGAACGGCCACACCAGGACCCCCGCCACCGGUACGCAUGAGCUUCCCGAGACUGCAAAGAUGCUUGCAGCGGAGCGUGCCUGCGUUGCGGAUGGGGCUGACGUAUUCCCUGCGGACGUCGAGUCGGACGAAGUCAAGGCGGACGUGGAGGAAGAUGCGAAGUCGGAUGCGCCUGAUGCUGCCGGGGGAGCGGAUGAGGCCAAGGGGCCGGGCCUGGACGAAGAACUGCGGGACCACCUGAAACGGGAGCUGGGCAGGUCCUCGAGCGGCCGAUUUCGCAAGCACCUGGUUGCCCCCCCGGCGUGCAAGAUGUGGACAGGGGUCAUCUUCAAGUGGUCGGGCGAGACUGAGGAAGGGUGGCUACUGCCGGAUGAUGACAUCAGACACGAUUGCUUGCCAACAUCGGGAAUGGUGUGGUUUUCGCACGACCAUACCGAAGCCGACUUGCCUGACGAUCCGGAGGGACGACGAGUGCAGUUCCUCGUGUACGAACAGAACGGAAGCUUGGGUGCCAUAUUCGUCAAGCUUGUGGAUGCAGACCAGACGGACGGGCAGCGUCUUCGUUCGCCGGGCAGCCGCGCGCGCCUGGAAUGCAGGCCCCCGAGCCGCAGCUGGCAGCAUCCAAACCACAUCGAUGAGGCUGAGGACGGUGAGGAGGAGGACGAGGAAGACGACCAGGAGGUGAGCGGCUUUGGACCCUCCUGGUUCCGCAUGGCAGAGGCAUCGAAUUGCAGGGUUGCCCAGUCUAGCUACCCAGCAACGCCGUAUAUGAAUCGGUUAAACCGUGAUGACGAGGACGUGGAUCUCGAUGAAGAACCUCCGGAGGUGGGCUGGGCACUGGCAGCCUCGGUGUCCGCACCGAAGUCUUCGGCAGCCUCGAAAUCACCAGCAAAUUCCGCUCCAUCCGCUCCGUCAGCAGCCCAGCGGCUGCCCUUGGCCGUGUCUUCGGCACGGCAGGCAUUGCAGGAUGAGGUGUCGUUGGUGGCGCAGGACCUCGAGACCCACUGGUCACCGGCCGAGCUGAAGCGUCGCCUCAUGCGCUACCUUAGUCACGGACUGGAGAAGCUGGAGAAGAAGUCGGCGUCUCUCGAGAGCUGGAAGGAGGCCGCCCAGAUGUUUCUGAAGGAGUCUUCAACGCAGUUCUACUGGCCCUGCUCUGGGAAGCCUUGGUAUCCUGAAGCCGAGGAAAGAAUCAAGCCGGUGCUCGAGAUGGUCGCGUGGGAGCUGAUCCAGGACUGCCCUGGUGCUGGGCCUGGAUCCAAGGAGGUGGUGCAGAACAUGAUCGAAGAGGAGUUUGUCCGAUAUGCUGAGCAGCGGAACUUCCAGGACACAGUGCACAAUGCUGUGGCCGAAUCCUUCAACGAGCUAGAGGACGAUGUGCGGAAGAAGGUGAUCACCUCGCUGCAGAAGAUGCAUCCAGGCGCCUGUGAGGCUGUGAAAGCAGCAACGGGCCACCGACUGAAGAAGAUCGAGGCCUUUGUCCGACAGUGGAUGAAGGACAGCAUGGACAGGUCCUACAACGCGGUGAAGCAGCAGCAAAAGGACAUCGUCUUCUCUGAGAAGAGGAUGACCCUGCUCUUCAAAUGCUUGAUUUCUCCGGAAGGCUCGGAGUUCUCCUGCCUGCCCAGAGAUCUUCUGAACCCCGAUGGAACUGGAAGGCCGCCUCGAAACUGGAAGUUCAUCCGUGAGGCCGUUAUAGAACUCGUUACGAGGUGGCAGCAAAACGCCAAGAAGUGA